UUUCUACUCCUGAUCAGUCGUUUGCAGCAGCGCAGUCGACUCGACGCACUUUCAUAUCCUAGUGCACACAGCUGUUGUUCCAGCGUUCUCACGUUAAACUGUUAUUUCUAAAGCCUUGACAAACAUUCGGCAGUCAGUGAUUCGCCAGGAACUUGGAGUAGAGAGGCGUCGACCAGAAAACUAACGAACCAUGUGGACGUCGAGAAGUUGACACUUCAAAUUUGGAAUAAUCAGUUUGCUCUGAAUGCAUUUUUCUUUCCAUGGAGAAAACUCAGAGCAUGCUACCCGUGAGGGUGUUGCUGUUGUGUUGUUCCUUUUCCUUAUGCAGUUCAAUGUUUUCCAUUCCUCUUAAAAUAUUUACGGGACAGUUCAACUCCUCUGUGGACUUGGACUUGACUCCCUUGCGAAAAAUCGAAACAUCUGGGAAUGGUCUGUCUCUGGCGUCCGACCCGUCGGGUAUCGUGAACUUCUUGGACAUGGUCAACAACUUACAAGGUGAUUCGGGGAGAGGCUAUUACAUGGAGAUGUUGAUCGGGACACCAAGCCAAACGCUCAACAUCCUGGUGGACACGGGAAGCAGCAACUUCGCUGUAGCAGCAGCGCCGCACCCCUUCAUUACACACUUCUUCAACAGAGCCGUCUCAAGCUCGUACUGGACGAGCGGCCGUGCGGUGCAGGUCCGCUACACGCAGGGCAACUGGGAGGGCGAGCUGGGCACCGACCUCAUCUCCAUCCCCAAGGGCCCCAACGCCACGGUCACCAUCAACAUCGCCGCCAUCCUCUCCUCCGAAGGCUUCUUCCUACCCGGGGUCAACUGGCAGGGCAUCCUGGGCAUGGCCUACCCCAUGCUGGCGCGGCCGGACUCGUCAGUGGAGCCUUUCUUCAACUCGCUGGUGCGCCAGACGGGCAUCCCCGACGUCUUCUCUCUGCAGAUGUGCGGAGCGGGCAUUGCCGCCAGCACCACCACUGACCCGGUCGGCGGGAGUCUGGUCAUGGGUGGGGUCGAACCAACUCUGUACCGGGGGUCCAUGUGGUACACCCCCAUCAUGCAGAAGUGGUACUACCAGGUGGAGGUUCUGAAGCUGGAGGUGGGAGACCAGAACCUGAAUCUGGACUGCAGAGAGUAUAACUCGGACAAGGCCAUCGUGGACAGCGGCACCACGCUCCUCAGACUGCCCGUCAACGUGUUCAACGCCGUGGUGGACGCCAUCUCCCAGACUUCUCUGAUCCAGGAUUCGGCGUCAGGGUUCUGGGCGGGCACUAAGGUGGCGUGCUGGGCAGUGGGAGAGUCUCCAUGGAGGUUCUUUCCAAAGAUCUCCAUCUACCUGCGUGGAACCAACACCAGCCAGUCCUUCAGAAUCACCAUCCUCCCUCAGCUGUACAUUCAGCCAAUCACAGAUGUGGACGGCACACUAGACUGCUUCCGAUUCGGCAUCUCGUCGUCGGUCAACGGCCUGGUCAUCGGCGCCACGGUGAUGGAGGGGUUCUACGUGGCCUUCGACCGCGCCCAGAAGAGAGUGGGCUUCGCGGUCAGCACAUGUGCAGAGCUAGCUGGGCAGCCGUUGGCGGAGAUCGCGGGGCCCUUCCUGGCGGAGACGGUGUCGUCGGACUGCGUGUCCCGCUCGUUGCUGCGUGAGCCGCUGCUGUGGGUGCUGGCGUACACACUGAUGGGGCUCUGCGCCCUGGUGCUGCUCGUCCUGGUGCUGCUGCUGAUGUUGCCGUGCCGACGCCGAGGCCGGGGCAGCGAGAUCACAGACGAGUCCUCGCUUGUACGUCACCGCAUCAAAUGACGCAUCCUGACCAAGAGGGAAGACACUGGAGUAGAGUGAUGAUCAAAUGUGUGUGUGUGUGUGUGUGUGUGUGUGUGUGUGUGUGUGUGUGUGAGUGAGUAAACUGGGAGAAGAGUGGAAAAGCCAAUCAGGACUAUAUUCCCCUAUUCUCAUACUCACUCUGUUGUUUCACAUGUAGGUUCAACUCUUAUUCUGCUCUAUUCUUCUCUGCUUCAUUCACUCUACUAUAUUAAGGAGUUAAAUCUUUCAAUUUCAAUUUCACAAAAGCCACAAUAUCAACUCGCUUUGUUCCAUUUCAGCCAGGACAAAUGCAGCACUAAAUAAUAGGAAAUACGCUAAAAUAAAGGACGCACUGUGGUCAGAGGCUAAAGUGGAUCAUUGUUAAGAAGUGAUUCUACGAGAAAUGAAUAGUAUUUGAAACUUCUCAGUACCUGCAAAGCCCACACAUUUUCCUACACAUGAUUAGAAACUGAGAUCAGCCUCGAAAUCGGUUUGGUUGGCACACUGUCAGCUUUUCUACUAGGGACUUCAUGCACCUUUUAAAGAGACGCAAAAGACUGAUUCUGCCUUCAGCUGAGCAGCUUCAACUGGGGUCAUGUUUCAGUGUCCCAUGUCUCCCCUGCUUAAGUUCUACUGCGGAGACCGAGCCGGAUCACAGCCGGAUCACAGCCAGAUGCGCCUCAGGGGUCUGUUUCCAGAGUUGACCUGAGCUCUGAUAUGAAGGACUUGCGCUAUGUGUCUGGUAUGGAUGUUGUGUCCAAUUGCGUCUCAUUCAUAUAAGGGCCCUUCCUGUAGAGGCCGGAGCACCACUCUGCUUUGCCUCAGCUUGACACAUCAGACUUGACCAACAGCUCUCUGUGUAGGCUGGUCACGCUGCAGCCUUAGUUGGGAAGUGACACAGUUAACACGCAGUAACGCAACUCCAUGCAUGUGCAACCAUUACACCUAGUAGCCAGAUUGAGUGCAGAUCUGAUCCAAUGGAACUAUUUUAAAGUCUUUUUUUUGCCUUGCUGCUGCUGCUGCAAAUCUUUUUGAAGGCACCUGUUGGCAGUCAACAACUCAGGCUCUUCCAGUCUUCUGAGAAAGUGUCUGGGUAAAGUACACCUCUAGGUGUGUGUGUGUGUGUGUGUGUGUGUGCGCGUGUGAGAGAGAGAGAGAAAGGCCCUCUUCCUUCUGCUUAAUACCCAGAAUACUAUGGGAGUUCUCCUUCACAGUGUAAAUAUGAAAUGAUCCUAAUCUUGUGCAGGACUAGGCCAGAGUCCAGGACAUCACAAUCUUUUUCCCACCAUGUGUGCCCAAGUUGAGCGUUCGGCUGAGAGGGGGACGCGGCAGUUCUGGACGGAAGAGGGGGACUCGGGGAGAGGGAAGGAAAAGAAAAGAAUUGGGCAUAUGAAGGAGGGAGGGAGAGAGAGAGAAAGAGAGCGCAAGUGGCUGCUGUUACUCGCGAUCAGAUCAGUGUGUGUGUGUGUUUGUUUGUAGCUGGAGAACAGCCUGCUCCAGUUGGUUGUGUGUAAAUCAAGCGCGAGGCCUGCCGUACGACACCAGCACGGUGCACAUCUGUGUGAACAGAUGCAGGCGCUCCUAAUGCCUACCCCUCUGGAAGUAAUCCAGACGAGGGGGGGGGGGGUGCGAGUGCUGGCAUUGUUACGCCUGUUUGCCCACUAAGCAGUUGUUUGUGAUUCCCAACCCUCCUCAUCCCCCUCUCCUACGCACCCCACCCCACCCCCCAACAACUGUGCAAGGGCUUAUGGGAUACAUUACCCAGAGUCCUCUGCUCAGUAUAUAUCAGUAACGGGUGUGGGGCAGGCCGGGCUUGCUGGGGAGAUUCCUUUGGGUUCCUCUCUGCUGUGCAGAGCUCAAUGGGAGAGGAGGAGGAGCUCUAGCCUCAACUCUUAUGUCUGAAUCUUUUCUUCAACUGCACACUGUGAAAAUAGAUCGGAUUUUGGUUUGGUGGUUUGUUUUUGAAAGAAGAGCAUGACUUUGGAAAGAAGGCUUUGGAGUACACACUAAGCACUGUGCUGUUGUCUCUUUGAAGGGGAUGUCGUUGUGAGUCAGUUAUCUGUGUGUGUAUGUGUUUGUGCGUGUGUGGUGUAUAUACCCACAGGGUACAUUUAUAGGUAUGAUGAAGGUAGCGUUUUUACUUGUCCCUGUAGUAGUCAUCUUUAAUCUUGUUCCUAUCUUGACCAUAGAUGUUUUUGAGAUUAAAUGAAGGAAAUUAAGGAAUUGUGAGAUUAAAUGAAGGAAAUGCAACAUCUGCACAUUUUUUUAUAUAUAUAUAUAUGCAGAUUUCAGUUCAACACACAUUGGUUUAGAGUAGACCAGGGAUUCUCACAUUGGGGUCUGCGGCCCCCUGGUGGUCUGUGAAGGCAUUGGCCUGAUCAUGCAGUAAAUAAUCUAGUUUCACUGGGAAUCUCUAUUCAGUGGUGGUCCUCCACUUCAUUCCUUAGUCAGAAUGGUGGUCCCUGGGUCACAGUCAGUUGAGAACACCCUGGAGUAGAUAGUUAUUAUUUGUUUGUUUUGGUUUUGUUCGUUUGUUUAUUUUAUGUCCUUAACAUGCCUGUCGCACAGAACAAUGUGUAUGUAAUCGUUCAUGAAAUCUACUGCACACACUGUCUCUUAUGCAGUUCAUUUAUCAAAUGCACUGUUAGUGUUGAUGUGCCAAACAUUUGAUUGUGUAAAUAUAUUUCUGUGAUUGUACUGAAAUGUAUGUCGACACAUAAUCGUAAACAAAUUGUGAUUGUAUUUUUCGUAUUUAAUCAUUUGCCAAAGGAGCUGUUGUAUGAAGUUAUUUUGUGGUUUAAGUUUUCAACUGUGUAGUACUUCCUUUAGUUUUGGUGUCGAGGAAGUUCAAAAAGAGACUUUACAACCAACAUAGGAUACAUAGGAACUUGUGUGACCACAUAACUGAAAAGUACUGUUAUAAAAUAGAAAACAUAUCAAAGAUUUGUACAACAUUUAUUUUCCUGCAUGCAAUAUGCUUUUAUGGCACAAUCUUGAAAUCUCCAAAAUAUUUAUAUCAAAGCAGUGCCAUUGCCAUUUAGCAGAAAUGUAUAUAUUAAAUCAAAUAAAUAUUUGAUUCAACCUUUGAACAAUC